AUGCCAACAAAAAAUGGCGAUUCAGUGGUGAUAAGCCGAACAAAGGAGCAUAAUCUAGAAGAGGAACUUAUUCCUGCACAUUUGUCUUAUGGGCAAUUCCUAUUUGAUAAAUUCAAAAGCGGUGGGAAUAAAACGGCUCUAGUAUGUGCUGAAACAGGCAGAUCUGUAACUUACCGUGAUAUUCUUCAGCACAGUGUUAAUUUAGCAAGGGCUUUGCAAAAACUAGGCCUUAAAAAGGGUGAUGUUGUAGCGCUUAGUUGUGAGAAUCGUUUCGAGUUUACGGUCACAUCUCUGGCUGUAAUAUACUGCGGAGGAAUAUUGUCCACUCUUAAUGUAACUUAUUCACCUGGUGAAAUAAGCCAUCUUCUAGAAAUAACAAAACCAAAGUUUAUUUUCACAUCACCAAUUACAGCACAAAACAUAUAUGAUUGUAGCAAAGACUUAAAAUAUGUGGAGAAAUUGAUACUCUUUGGUGAAUAUGAUGUGGUGCCAGCUUUAUUUUACGAUGAGUUAAUUAAGACACAUGUUAAUAUAGAUGAUUUCAUUCUGGUGGAUGUAAAUGGAGCAGAGGACACAGUUGCGGUCAUGUGUUCCUCAGGAACAACGGGUAUGCCCAAGGGUGUAAUGUUAACACAUGUGAACUUCCUAACCCUGUCAGCUCAUAUGAGGUACUAUUUAGAAUUGUCUCAAAAAAGGAAAAAGCAUGUUAUUAAGACAGCAUUAUCUUUGAUACCAUGGUUUCAUGCAUAUGGAUUUAUCACCACUUUAGCAGUUUUGGCAUUACAUGUAGAAGUAGUAUUCUUAAUGAGAUUUGAUGAGGAGCAAUUUUUAAGUACAAUACAAAAAUAUAAGAUAAACAUGACCACUAUAGUGCCUCCACUAGCUGUAUUUUUAGCUAAACAUCCGCUUGUCUCCAAAUAUGACUUAACCUCUCUCAAUGAGGUGUGGUGUGGUGCUGCACCACUCUCUAGUGACAUACAAGCUGCUAUCAGCAAAAGAACUGGCAUAGAUUAUAUAAGACAGGGGUAUGGACUCACAGAAGUUACGAUGGCGUGUUGCGUUGAUGUUACUGGUGGUGUCAAAAUAGGCUCCUGUGGGACACCAGCGCCUGGAAUGAAAAUAAAGGUAGUUGAUAUAGAAACUGGUGACAAACUUGGACCAGGAAAAGAAGGGGAGCUUUGGAUAAAGUCUCCCCUGCAGAUGAAGGGCUAUCUGGGUGAUCAAGCAGCUAGUGAUGCACUACUUGAUGCAGAGGGAUUCAUUCGUACCGGUGAUAUAGGUUACUACGACGCUGAGGGAUACAUUUUUAUUGUGGAUCGGUUAAAAGAACUCAUCAAAUAUAAAGGAUUUCAGGUUGCUCCAGCGGAGUUAGAGGCGAUGUUACUACGUCUCCAAGGAGUCGCCGACUGCGGAGUGGUUGGUCUACCCGAUGAGGUGGCAGGCGAACUUCCUAUUGCGUUUGUUGUCUUGCAGCCGGACGCCAAACUUACCGCUCAGCAGAUUAUUGAAUACGUCGCUUCUAAGGUGUCGCCUGCGAAACGACUGCGCGGUGGAGUCAUUUUCGUGGAUGAAAUACCGAAAAAUCCAUCCGGAAAGAUAUUGAGAAGGGAACUGAGGAAACAGUUAGCAUCAACUAAAAAGAGCAAGUUAUAA